AUGCACUGGGUUGAUCGGGAUCUCGAGGUGGAGCCGCGCCCAGUUGAUCGGGAUCUCGAGGUGGAGCCGCACCCAGUUGAUCGGGAUCUCGAGGUGGAGCCGCGCCCAGUUGAUCGGGAUCUCGAGCUGGAGCCGCACCCAGUUGAUCGGGAUCUCGAGCUGGAGCCGCGCCCAGUUGAUCGGGAUCUCGAGCUGGAGCCGCGCCUAGUUGAUCGAGAUCUCGAGCUGGAGCCGCACCCAGUUGAUCGGGAUCUCGAGGUGGAGCCGCACCCAGUUGAUCGGGAUCUCGAGGUGGAGCCGCACCCAGUUGAUCGAGAUCUCGAGGUGGAGCCGCACCCAGUUGAUCGGGAUCUCGAGCUGGAGCCGCGCCUAGUUGAUCGGGAUCUCGAGCUGGAGCCGCGCCCAGUUGAUCGAGAUCUCGAGGUGGAGCCGCACCCAGUUGAUCGGGAUCUCGAGCUGGAGCCGCGCCCAGUUGAUCGGGAUCUCGAGCUGGAGCCGCGCCUAGUUGAUCGGGAUCUCGAGCUGGAGCCGCGCCUAGUUGAUCGGGAUCUCGAGCUGGAGCCACGCCUAGUUGAUCGGGAUCUCGAGCUGGAGCCGCGCCCAGUUGAUCGAGAUCUCGAGGUGGAGCCGCACCCAGUUGAUCGGGAUCUCGAGGUGGAGCCGCGCCCAGUUGAUCGGGAUCUCGAGCUGGAGCCGCACCCAGUUGAUCGGGAUCUCGAGCUGGAGCCGCGCCCAGUUGAUCGGGAUCUCGAGCUGGAGCCGCGCCUAGUUGAUCGGGAUCUCGAGCUGGAGCCGCGCCCAGUUGAUCGGGAUCUCGAGCUGGAGCCACGCCCAGUUGAUCGGGAUUUCGAGCUGGAGCCGCGCCUAGUUGAUCGAGAUCUCGAGGUGGAGCCGCACCCAGUUGAUCGGGAUCUCGAGCUGGAGCCGCGCCCAGUUGAUCGGGAUCUCGAGCUGGAGCCGCGCCCAGUUGAUCGAGAUCUCGAGGUGGAGCCGCACCCAGUUGAUCGGGAUCUCGAGCUGGAGCCGCGCCCAGUUGAUCGGGAUCUCGAGCUGGAGCCGCGCCCAGUUGAUCGAGAUCUCGAGCUGGAGCCGCGCCUAGUUGAUCGGGAUCUCGAGGUGGAGCCGCGCCUAGUUGAUCGGGAUCUCGAACUGAAGCCGCGCCUAGUUGAUCGGGAUCUCGAGGUGGAGCCGCACCCAGUUGAUCGGGAUCUCGAGCUGGAGCCGCGCCUAGUUGAUCGGGAUCUCGAGCUGGAGCCGCGCCCAGUUGAUCGGGAUCUCGAGGUGGAGCCGCGCCCAGUUGAUCGAGAUCUCGAGGUGGAGCCGCGCCUAGUUGAUCGGGAUCUCGAGCUGGAGCCGCGCCCAGUUGAUCGAGAUCUCGAGCUGGAGCCGCGCCCAGUUGAUGUGCUUCGAGAUCUCGAGCUAGAGCCGCUCCCAGUUGAUCGGCUUCGGGAUCCGAUGAUUCUUCUUAUACCGGAACCCUGA